AUGCACAAACUUUUCAGAAGUGUUAAAUUACUACAAUCACAAUUUCCGUGCAAGAAAUACGGAGCACACUCUUUUUUGAUAUCCACCACCACACCAUCGAAUAUUAAUGAUAAUAUUUUCAAAUCGGUUGAUCAACAGUACCGAUGUUUUUCUGCAAAUAUUUUACCAACAUAUGAACAAAUUAAUAAUUCCGACUCGUCCGAUGUAGAUGUAAAAGUAAAAAAAGUAACAUCCAAAAGCAGACGUGCAUACAUUUCUAAUGUCAUAGGAGCUGCGGAAGAAAAGAAACGGGUUUUGCACAACCACGAAUUCCAAUUGAAACAUGUCAAACUUUCUGAUGCAACCGAAAUCAUUGCAGGGAAUGCUCAUUGUACAGGUUGUGGAGCCACUCUUCAAACAUCCGACUCUGAAAGACCUGGGUUUAUUCAUCCAAAUGCUGUUGAUAAAAGAAUAGCAGAACAAGAGAAAUUUUCAAAACUAGAAAAGGAAUUUAAAGAACUUGAAAAAAAGAAACAAGAACUGGAACAUUUAAAAGUCUCUGAAAUUGCAACAGAAAAAGAAGUAAGCGAAGAUGAGGCUAAACAAAUAUUAGGAUCGCAACCAAACAGAAAUUCUCUCAACUCCGUAGGAGGAUUUCUUGUUAUGGACGAAAAUGAAUUUAAACUCUACAAAAAGUUUAUCAAACACAAAGGAAAGUCAGCAAAAGAUUUAAUUGAUGAUAGUUUGAGUGAGUUGGUUUGCCAGCGAUGCCAUCAAUUAAGAAAUUAUGGAGUAUAUAGUACUGUAUCCGUUGAUCAAGAAGCAGUGAAACAUGUAUUUGAACGAAUCGCAAAUCUCAACAAGAAGGCUCUCAUUGUUUUAAUUAUUGAUCUGUUUGAUACCUACGGGUCGAUUAUUCCCAACCUAAAAAACAUCAUUGGGAAGCAUAAUGUGCUCGUUGUGGCCAACAAGGCUGAUUUACUCUUGAAAGGCCGAUCUCCAGAUGAAAAGCCCUCCACAGAACAAGAACGAACCAAAGUUCUUAUUUAUAAACGUUUGCAAGAAUGGGUGAGAAGAAUUUUAAAGAAAGAUUUUGGAUUAUUCCAAACACCUGAAGAAAGGUCUCAACUCGUUGGAAUUGAAAUUGUGAGUAGUGCUACAGGAACGAAUAUGGCACAGCUCCAUGAAAAGAUGAACUCGUAUAGAAAAGGAGGUGAUAUUUAUAUUGUUGGAUGUACAAAUGUUGGAAAAUCAACAUUUAUUAACCAACUGUUCAGACAACAGAUGGAAACACGAAAGACUAACAUUGCAAUUACCACAUCAGCACUUCCUGGAACUACCUUGAAAACUAUAUCAUUUCCCAUUGUUACCGCAACUGGAGAACGAGCAAAUUUGUUUGACACUCCAGGAGUUCUCAACGCACACCAAAAAUUGUUCACUGAUUAUUUGAAGUACGAAGAUUGGAAAUAUAUUUUACCGUCUCAAGAUGUCAUCAAUCCUCGAUUUGUGAGAUUGAGACCAGGUAGAUGCUUCUUCUUAUCUGGUUUAUUUAGACUAGAUUAUAUUGAGGAUAAUGUGAAAAACGAGGAAUGGAAUCGAUGUAUUUUCUCAGUGUAUACAUCUCCAAAGUUAUCCAUUCAUUGCACUUCGAUUGAGAAUGCUGACCAGUUCUAUGCUAAUCAUGUUGGUAGAGAUGCACCAAACGUGGAAUAUCAAAUCGUUCCUCCCAUUGACGGAAAGCAAAGUCCAAUUUAUGGAUUGAACAAACCUCUCAAAUUUAAAGUGACUGGAACCACUCGACGAGAAAGUAUCUUGGAUAUUUGUAUUGGUGGAAUUGGCUGGAUUUCUGUUACAGGUGUUGGAGAAAUGACAUUUGAAGUUCAUACCAAUGACAAGGUAAACGUUUAUUUACGACAACCUUGUAUCAUGCCCUACACAACCAAGGAAAGAAAAAUUCGCAAAGACCAAUUUAUUGAGCACAGAGACUUUUAUCAUUACCAUUAA